UAUGUCUCUGGUGAACACUCUUUAAAUUUAUGAAUUUUGCCGUAGAUUUGCUUCUCAAUUGAAUUUACGAACUCGCUAUACAGUUGAACAAUUACAUGAAAGUUUUGUAAAUUGUAUAUUUAAAGAGAUUUAUAGGAAUCUAAUGAGAAUUCAUCUUUAGCCUAUCAAUUAGUGAUAGGAUUAAUGGAUAAAUUUUGUUUAACAUAUUUAGUAUAGGCAUCAACAUAAACUAAUUCAGCUUUCUUGAAUGUAAUAGGAUAAAUCAAAAAGUAUGAUGUAAUUAAUAUUUUAGUUAAUUUAUUCGUCGAUCAAUAUUAAUGAACAUUUGGCCUACUAUAUUUACAUUAAUUACACGCAUAUAUAGGAUUAGAGCUUAUAUAAAAGAUGAAAUAGAAUUAGAAUACUAAUAAUUUAAAGAACAUUUAUAGUAAGAGCAAUUUAAAAAUUGGCUUGCAUUAGAUAAAUAAAAACUUAUAUUAUUUAUCAUAGAUACAAUCUUUUAUGAAUCAGAAUUUUUGAUUUAGGAGAUUGAUUAAAGAAUAAAGAUAUAAGAAAUAUUAUCAAAUAAUGAUUGGAAGAAAGAAUUUGCAAAGAAAGAAGCAGAUAUAAAAAGACUAUAAUAAUCAGUUGGAAAAGUGGCUAAAAAGAAAUAAAAAGAAUAAGUUAAAACUCUUCAAAUUAUAGCAGGAUUACAAGAAGAAAUAAAUUUAUAUACAAAAGCAUCAGCAGUUGUAAAUAGCUAAUUAUUUUAUAAUUAAGCCAUAGAGAAGAUCUCUGAUAAUAUUUAUGUACUUAAAUUUAUCACUUUUAGGUAUUUUAAGAAGAGAAAAGAUGUAUCUAUUAAGAAAACAAUGAAUAAGAUUGGUAAAUGAUUAAAGGUGCAGAAAUGAUAGAAUUAAUUAGUCAAUAAUAAAAGAAAAAUACAUAAAUUAAGAAUUUAGUGAAUGAAGGAUAUUUUAGUUUAGAUGAAUGUAAAUUAGAUCCAAUAGCACUUGAUAAUACUUAUGGUAUUGAAUAAAUUAGUCAAGAUUAAAUGGCUAUUGAAUUAUUUUAGAAUUGUGAUAUAAAUAUUGUAAGGUAAAUUCUUUUAGCAUUGGAAAAGGAUUAUUCAGAAUAUGAAUUAAAUUAUUGGAAGAGUUGUUGGACAUCUGCAGAAAAAAGAAAGAUUUGGUAAGAAAAGGUAUAGAAUGCAGAUAUGAUUGAAUUAACUGAAAUUUUAAGUAAGAUUCCACAUUAAUUAUCUUGGGUAAAUAAAAAACAUGGAUAAACUGAUAGUUAGGCCAAGUAUAAAUCUAGUAGAUGUAAUAAUAAUUAUAUUGUUAGUAUAUUGGUUCUAUUAAAAUAAAUUAUAUUCUAUGCCUUAUCAAUAAUUAAGUAAAUAAGAACCAUCUUUACAUUCAAUGUAUUUAUUGGCAAUAACACUAUAUGAUAAAUUAAAGAGUUAUAUUCAUAGAAAAAUGAGAACAAUGGAUAUUAAUUAAAUUUAAUAAUAAUAAUAAUAAUCAGAUCUAGAAUCAACUUUGGAUGAUGACUUUUAAGAACUAAAAUGA